UUCCUCCUGCCUUCCCUGCGGGCUGGGACUGAGCCGGACUGGAGAAACACAACCUGCUGAAAUCUGAAGAGGCGCGUAACUUGGCAGCACCACCGGUUUGAGCCGAAGGAGUCACGAUGCGGCAGCUGAAGGGAAAGCCCAAGAAAGAGACGUCGAAAGAUAAAAAGGAGAGGAAACAGGCCAUGCAAGAGGCCCGGCAGCAGAUAACCACUGUAGUGCUUCCCACGCUGGCCGUGGUCGUGGCAUUAAUUGUCGUAUUUGUCUACGUGGCAACACGGCCAAACACAAUAGAGUAGAUUCCUCUCACAGCUGCCUUCUGGCAAUGGAGCCAAAAACAGAAUUUUUUUUUUUAUUUUAGAAAUUUUACCAGUUUGUAAAAUGGACCCUUGAAUCACCUGCAGUGUUUUUAGCGCCGACUGUCCUGUUCUGAAUGUAACGAGAAGCAAAUACGGAUAACAAACGUGCCAUGCAUUUCCAGUAAAACGAUUACUGUGCCUUUUAUAAUGAUUUUUUUUAAAAUAAAAUAUGCUGAUACAACAGUGUAAAUGACCCCCCAUAAUCUGAAAACAGUAUUGCCCUAAUGUCAAUGUUUCAAGAACCUCGUAUCUGUGUUCUUUAUGCAGUUGCCAAAGGACGCUACCUUACGGUAAUGUUGAUUCUCUAUAUUGUAUCCUCCAUCUCUGAUAUUUAUUUUUGGAAUAAAGAAUGAAAAAAUA